AUGAGAGUUAUUGAAACGGAUGACUACCUACGAAUUACUUCACCAAGUGCAUGGUUCUUUGAUGGGUUUGCUGAAUGGUGUGGUUCUUAUGAGAAAUUUAGAUGUGAUAAGAAGAGGAUCUUAGAUCAAAUAAAGAAAAGACUUGAGGUGACUAUGGAUGAUAAUCAUGCAAAAGUGAGUACAAAACAGAGGGCAAUUCAGCUUUAUAGUGACUUUAAGGGUUGGAAGCUCUCAAAAUCAACAACAGAGUAUUUUCAGAAGCUUGAAACUGAUUACAAAACUAAUCAUAAACAGGCAUUGAUGUCAAUAGAAGGUGAGAAGGCAGUUGAAUUGGCUGAGAUUAAGAUAGAACAGUUGAAGGUCACUCAAUUACGAAAUCAUACAAUAUCAGCAGUAGAAAUUCAUCAACAUAUUCUGAAAAAUCUUCUGGACAGCAUUUUCAAUUCUGAUAAUGCUAACAACCUUUUUUUAAGUAAUAGUAACAAGAAAGAUGAAAGUCAUAAUGAUGUGUUGGAUCCAACAAGCAUGGCUAUAUAUACAUAA